AUGGAAAAAGAUACGCGGAUUCUCAUCAUUGGCGCGGGUUGCUUCGGCACCUCGACAGCUUACCACCUUUCACGGCGCGGCUACACUUCGAUACGUGUGCUCGAUCGAUACCCACCGCCAUCCUGCGAAGCAGCUGCCACCGAUAUCAGCAAGAUCAUUCGCAGUGAUUACAACGUGCCGCUUUAUGCGAGACUAGGCAUUGAAUCCAUAGCUGCUUGGAAGUCAUGGUCAAUGUUCCGCGGGCUCUAUCAUGUCCCCGGAUGGAUCCUCAGCGCGGCGAACCUGUCCAGGCCUUUUGUGGAGGAGUCUAUUGAGACAUGCAAAAAGCUUGGAGUGCAAGGUCUUGAGAAGCUUACGCCGGAAGAGAUCCGUUCCCGAUUCUCGGUUGUAACAGGCAAGCUGGAUGGCUGGAAUAUCAACGUGUGGAACCCAACUGCUGGAUGGGCAGAUGCAAGGAAAGCAUUGGAGCGGAUGGCAAAUGCUGCCCAGGAAGUCGGAGUCGAAUAUAUCUCGGGGGAUACCAAGGGAUAUGUGCGACAGUUGAUCCUGGAUGAGAUCGGGGAGUGCAAAGGAGCCAUCACAGCAGACGGCACGAGACACGAGGCGGAUAGGGUGAUCCUAGCAACAGGGGCAUGGACGCCUUCACUGCUAGAUGUGAAAGGCCAGCUGGUAGCCAAGGGCCACAGUGUCGCCCAUAUCCAACUCACCCCUGCUGAAACCGAACACUAUACCGCACUGCCGAUCAUGGACAACCUCGAGCUGGGGUACUUCUUCCCUCCAACAAAUGACGGAAUCUUCAAGAUGGCACACAGUCAAUUUAUCACCAACACGCAAGUCACACAGUCUGGGAUCACCUCCUCCGUCCCCCAUACGUUUGUCCAGUCCCCGGCAGACGGACUUCCUCUCGAGAUCGAAGUCCAAAUGCGCCGGAACCUGCGGCGUGUGCUGCCUGAGCUAGCAGAUCGACCUUUCUGCUAUACACGUCUUUGCUGGGAUGCCGAUACAGCUGAUCGCCAUUUCCUCGUCACGCCACACCCAACACAUAAGCGGCUCUUCCUCGCCACCGGUGGGUCGGCGCAUGGGUUCAAGUUCCUUCCAGUUAUUGGAAAGUAUGUUGCGAAUCUACUUGAAGAGACACUUGAUCCAGAGAUUGUAUCUCAGUGGAAGUGGCGGGCUGGACAGAAGGUUACGGCGAAGAACCUUGCACAUCUAGAUCCCGAGAUGGAGCUGAGCGAUCUUACGGGGUGGAAAGGUAGACAGGCGCGGGAAACAAGUAAUACUUCUAGACUGUGA